CAGAGCAGCAGAAGUCAACUCAAACCAAAGAAUUUCUGCUCCAGCUGACUCGGACGCCAUCUUUGUCGCGAAUAUAAACAACACAGGGGGAGUCGCGUUGGCGUCUGACCGUGCCGCUGUAGGUUUUCCACGGAAUAAGAGCAAAUCCCACCGCGGAGCUGAUCUUUUCCGCAGAAGAUGUCAGCCGCCUUGGUCACCUGAGACACUGACAGAUAUGGAGAUCCUCUGCGGAUUUCCUCACCGGGAGGGAGCGGAGGUGUAAAAGGGGGGCGGGAAGGGGCCCCCCCCCCCCCCGCGGCCCCGAGCAGAUGGACCAAGAGUACGAGAGACGGUUGCUGAGGCAGAUCAACCACCAGAACCUGCCCACGGAGGGCCGUUUGACCAAGAGCUUAGGUGCUGCCUGCAGCCCUGCCAGCGUAAAAUCAGGGGACCGUUUCAUUCCCACCCGCGCCGGAAGCAACUGGAGCAUCAACUUCCACUAUGCCAACGAGAACUGCCGCUCUCCUGCUCAGAACCACAAAGCAAAGGAUGCCAGUUCAGACUCCAGCAAAGAUGCCGCAGCGUACGCCGCCCUGCUGAGGAACGAGUUGUUGGGUGCUAGGAUAGAGAUUGUGGCAGAGCCUCACGCGGACGACCGGCGGCAUGACGUUCUAGCUCAAGACUCUUACAGCCUCUUUAGGUACACUGUCCACACAAAGAGAGUGCCUUGCGAUCGCAGUAAUGAAGUGUCCCCCUUCUCCCUCUCUCCGCUCAGCAACAAGAGUCACAAGCUGCUCCGUUCGCCUCGCAAGCCAGCGCGAAAGAUCUCCAAGAUCCCCUUCAAAGUGCUGGAUGCUCCGGAGCUGCAGGACGACUUCUACCUCAAUCUGGUGGACUGGUCGGCGGGAAACCUGCUGAGCGUGGGGCUGGGGGCCUGCGUCUACCUGUGGAGUGCCUGCACCAGCCAGGUGACGAGGUUAUGCGACCUCUCGGUGGAUGGGGACUCCGUCACAUCUGUUUGUUGGAAUGAAAGAGGAAGCCUGGUGGCUGUUGGGACCCACAAGGGUUACGUUCAGAUCUGGGACGCAGCUGGAGGAAGGAAGCUGACCUGUCUGGAGGGCCAUUCAGCCCGAGUAGGCGCGCUGGCGUGGAACGGGGAGCAGCUCUCGUCUGGUAGUCGGGACAGAGUCAUCCUACAGCGGGACGUCCGAACACCGCCUUCUGCAGAACGGAGGCUGCAGGGUCACAGGCAAGAAGUCUGUGGCCUAAAAUGGUCUCCAGACCACCAGCACCUGGCUUCUGGAGGCAACGACAACAAGUUACUGGUGUGGAACAGCUCCAGCCUCGUACCUGUGCAGCAGUACAGCGACCACCUGGCAGCGGUGAAGGCUAUCGCCUGGUCACCUCAUCAACACGGGCUCCUGGCCUCAGGUGGCGGCACAGCUGACCGCUGCUUGCGGUUCUGGAACACUCUGACGGGUCAGGCGCUGCAGAGCACAGACACCGGGUCGCAGGUCUGCAACCUGGCUUGGUCCAAACAUGCCAACGAACUGGUUAGCACCCAUGGUUACUCUCAGAACCAGAUCCUGGUAUGGAAGUAUCCGUCUCUAACACAGGUGGCCAAGCUGACAGGACACUCCUACAGAGUCUUAUAUCUGGCUGUGUCUCCAGACGGAGAAGCCAUCGUUACAGGAGCCGGAGAUGAGACGCUUCGUUUCUGGAACGUCUUCAGUAAAACACGAUGCACAAAGGAAUCAAAGUCUGUGUUGAACCUUUUCACCAGGAUCCGGUAGUGAGCCGCCGCACGGUCGGCUGCAGGGCGAACCCCGGCUGCUAUCACCCACAGACUCGUAGAGCCUUUCCUCCGAGCACCACGAUCCACAGAGACGAUCUUGGUCCAGACGUUUUUAGCCAAGGACGCGGCUCAAAGCUCCGCCCUUCACAGUGAUGUCACCGAUUAAAAAGAAUCCGAAAAUCAGAACACGUUCUCCUUUUGAAGUCGCUCUUGUUCUCCUCGUUGUCCUGGAUGUGAUGAAGUUGUCUCAUUAGUUCUGUUCUGAGCUGCAUAAUGUAACGAAGGACCCUUUUUUUUUUUAUAGCAGGCUCCUUUGUACCAGACAGGAAGAAGGGGCGGGGCUUCUAUAUAUUUUCAUAAUGCAGGUUUAUGAUCUGCAGCAUGUUGCAGGAAAGAAGAAACCAGUCGGUCACUCAUCCACCUCCAUUAGAUCGGUUUAAUCAGUGUUUCGUCAGUAAAUGUACACUCAUGGCACUGUGACACUUUCUGACAGGUAUUUUAUUAAAAACAUGUCCAACAGUGACCAACAUGUC